UAUGAAAUAAGAGAAUCCUAAAAGGAAUUGUGAGUUCACAUAAAAAAUCCAUGUUAAUGUCAAUGAAAGCUACAAAACGGUCAACGUUCAACGCCGGAAGUACCAAGCCUAUAUUCCCAUAUUCUGCGGAAAUUUCCAUUCCAUUCCAUCACCUUCCCUCCCUCCCUUAGAUUCCCACCCUUGGAAUUUCUUCAUCCCAUUUCCCCUUUGAUUUUUCUACCAUUUCCAUUCCCCUCUUUCGAUGAUUUUUCGAUCACACGCUUCUGCAGACUCCCAUCUCACAUAAUAAUACUAAUAAAUCUCAAUUCUGUUUACGUUCUUUAUCGCUGUAAAUAUAGAUACUGUUUAUUUUUGUACAAUGAUGUCAUCUCUGGAGAAAUUUGGGCGCAAAUUCACCAUGUAUAAGACCGAUGGUAAAGAAAAGAGGAAUCAUCAUCUGGAUGAGCUUGCUCAGGCUUCUAAGGAUAUGCAAGAUAUUAGAAACUGCUAUGAUGGAUUACUGUCUGCUGCUGCAGCUAUGACAAAUAGUAUAUUUGAGUUUUCAGAGUCACUACAGGAAGUAGGGACCUGUUUGCUGGAAAAAACCGUAACCGAUGCUGAUGGUGAAUGUGGUAGAGUGUUAUCAACUCUAGGAAAUAUACAAUCAGAACUCCGAAAAAUUGCUGAUAUUUAUCGUUCAUACGUGAUCGUGACAAUUACAACUCCGUCAGAAUCUUUGUUAUCCGAGCUGCAAAAAGUGGAGGCGAUGAAACUUCAGUGUGAUGAAAAAAGUAUUACUAGAGAGGCGUAUCAAAACAUGAUGUCACAACAGAAAGAAAAGGGAAAGCUGAGAAAUGGAAAGGCUGAAGCUUCAGCCGCACAAAAACUACAAGAAGCUCACGAUGAGUAUAACGAAGUGGCUAGACUAUGUGUAUUUCGGGUCAAAUCACUCAAGGAGGGACAAUUGCGUAUUCUUUUGACACAGGCUACUCGCCAUCAUGCUGCACAGAUGGAUUUCUUUCGCAAGGGUUUUAAGGCUCUUGAAGCAGUUGACCCCGUCAUAAGAAUUGUUGCUGAGAAGCACCGGAUUGAUUACCAACUCAGUGAACUCGAUAACGGGACUUCUGGGGUUAGUGAAGACACGAGCAGCUAUGAGAUCGUGGAUGACGGGGAGCUGAGUUUUGAUUAUAGACAUAAAAAGCAAGGCCUUGAUAAUGUUGCCACAUCAUCAUAUCAAGUGGAGGAAAACAAGGCAGAUAUACCGCAUCUUCAAGUUCCAACAUUAGGAGAUCCAGAGAUGAAUCAUUAUAAGCAUCAAGGAGAGACCCCUUUCGGUAUGCAAGCACGGGUCAGCAGUUAUUCCGCCCCAUUAUACCCCGAGAAGAUAAAUUCAUCCGAAAAACAAAAGGAAUCACAAACCCCGAAGAAAUAUCACUCUUACGUACUCCCUUCACCCGUUGAUCCGAAAAGUCCAAAUUCAAAAUCACCUACACCAGUUCCUUACACCAAUCCAUUCAGCAAAUUACAAAAACCACCAACCGUUGACCACGAGAAUCAUGAAAGAGGUUUUGGCAACGAUAACACAUCGACGUCUGUUUCUACCUCUACCCAGCUACCCACUCCUUCACAUAGUGGAUUCGAUAGUAAGUUAGCUAAAAGACAAGCUUAUUCUGGCCCAUUACUACCAUCUAAGCCGUUUUCAGGUAAGCUUGCAUCAACUAGCGGGCCCAUCUCGGGUAAGAUUGCAUCAACGAGCGGGCCCAUUUCGGGUAAGAUUGCAUCAACUAGCGGGCCCAUUUCGGGUACAGAACUUCCACAUAACGUUCCUUCGCCUUUAUCUUCACCUAAAAUAAGUGAGCUUCAUGAGCUUCCUAGGCCUCCUGGUGGUUUACAAUUCUCCAAACCAGUGGUUUCUCCUGGUGGUGUGACUGGAGCUUAUUCGGGCCCAAUAGCAACUCGUCUUCCGCCACCACCACUAGUUGUUCCGAGAAGUUUUUCCGUUCACUCUACCAAUCGUAGUCCACGAAUAACAGGUGGCAGGCCUCAAGAAGUGUUUUCUCCUCCGCUCACUCCCAUUUCACUUUUGAAUAUGAAGUCUGUAAACCGCAUUUAAGGGGGAAGCUGAUUUGUGCUGAAUUGUUGUUGGGGGACACGUCUGUAAAUAUAUUGAAAUUCUUGUGAUUGCCUUGGUUUAUACACAUCAUAGAGAUUCCUGUAUUUUUCAAAUCAGUUUUUUUUGUUGAUUAAUUUUUAUUAAUUUAGUUUAGUAUCGGAUGUGGUUAUUAAACAAAGUAUUUGUGGAUCA